AUGCGUCUUAGAAUAGCAGCCAUCCAGCUGAACCCGUUGUUGGGGAAGAUCGAGGAGAAUGUGCGGACGGCUAGCAAGCUGGUUGAAGCAGUGAAGAGCAAGAAACCGGAUAUUGUGAUAUUCCCCGAAUUGGCACUGACGGGGUACAACUUUACAAGUCCUAGUCACAUCGAGCCAUUCCUGGAGCCUCUUGGUUCAGGGCGGUCAUUUGAGUUUGGACAGCUGGUUUCAAAAACGCUAAAUUGCCAUACGUUGUUGGGAUACCCUGAAAAACACCUCUCGUCAAUCUAUAACUCUGCUGUGCUGAUCUCGCCGGAAGGAGCAGUUGUGCACAACUAUAGAAAAACGUUCCUGUACAAAACGGACGAGACAUGGGGCGCCAAAGAGUCGCCUGCGGGGUUUGAGGCGUUCGAGUUCGAGCACAACGGACAUAAGAUCAAGUCGACGAUCGGCAUUUGCAUGGACCUCAACCCGUACAAGUUUGAGGCUCCGUUCCAGGCUUUCGAGUUUGCCAACUUCUGUCUCCAGAAUCAGGUGCAACUGGUGCUGGUGCCAACGGCAUGGAUGAGUACAAGCUGGAGCGAAGACUGGAAAGAUCAAGAUAAUUAUACAAAGCUAUUCGAACAAAAAGUGCCAUUUGAGAUUAACACAGACCCGGCUUCCGAAUCGUCCAUCUUGGAUCCAACAGAAGUUCCAUAUGAUCGCACUUUACCAGAUAAAGAAACCGCAAGGUACUGGCUGAUCAGGUUCCAACCACUGUUUGCCAACAGACACAGGAAGAUGGCCGUGGCAAUCUGCAACAGGUCGGGUGUCGAGACCGAGCUCAUGUACGCUGGAUCGUCGUCCAUCUACCAAUUUAAUGGCGAGCUUUACGAGGAUGGGGUGGAUCUGGACGUUCUGGGAAGCCUGGGACAAGGCGUGGAAGGUGUUCUGGUUAGAGACGUGGAGCUAUGA